AUGAAUCCAACCAAUGCGAACUACAUAAUGGCCACCCUGUAUGUGGGUGAUUUACAUCCAGAUGUCUCCGAGUCUAUGCUGUUUUCCAAAUUCUCUACUGCAGGACCUGUGUCGUCUAUUCGAGUAUGUCGAGAUAUCGCUACUCGACGAUCUUUGGGCUAUGCGUAUGUCAACUUUUCUCAGCCUUCCGAUGCGGAGAGAGCUCUCGAUACCAUGAACUUCGACACCAUUAAAGGGAGACCAAUCCGUAUUAUGUGGUCGCAGAGAGAUCCUUCUCAACGUAAAUCUGGUGUAGGAAAUGUCUUUAUCAAGAAUUUAGAUAAAAGUAUUGAUAAUAAGGCUUUGUACGACACUUUCUCAGCUUUUGGUAACAUCCUUUCUUGUAAGAUUGCUGCAGAUGAACAGGGAUCUAAGGGGUAUGGAUUCGUCCAUUUUGAAACGGAAGAAGCUGCUAAACAGGCUAUUGAGAAAGUGAACGGUAUGUUGUUGAAUAACAAGAAAGUCUAUGUCGGAAAGUUCAUCCCACGUCGGGAAAGAUUAGCCAUGAUGGGAGACAAAGCCAAGAGAUACAACAAUGUCUACAUCAAAAACUUUGGUGAAGAAUUCGAUGACGAUACUCUGAAGACUGAAAUGGAAAAAUACGGAAAAGUCAUCAGUGCUAAGGUCAUGACUGAUGCUACCAAUCAAUCUCGAGGGUUUGGCUUCGUCAGUUUUGAAGAUCCCGAGCAGGCUGAAAGGUGUGUGGAUGCUAUGAAUGGACAAGAAAUGAAUGGUAAAACAUUGUACGUUGGUCGAGCCCAGAAACGUGCUGAACGUCAGGCUGAAUUGAAAGAGAAAUUCGAACGUUUGAAAAUGGAGAGAAUUAAUCGUUAUCAAGGCGUGAAUCUUUACGUUAAAAAUCUUGAUGAUUGUAUUGAUGAUGAAAAAUUGAGAAAGGCUUUCUCCAAGUUCGGAACCAUUACUAGUGCCAAGGUCAUGGGUGAUGGACACCGCUCCAAAGGUUUUGGAUUUGUGUGCUUCAGUUCCCCAGAGGAGGCAACGAAGGCUGUUACAGUCAUGAAUGGUUUUAUCAUUGCUUCUAAACCAUUGUACGUAGCUCUGGCUCAACGAAAGGAGGAACGUAAACAACAGUUGGCUUCACAGUAUAUGCAACGCAUGACCACUAUGAGACAAUCUAUGCAAAAUGGUCAAUUCAGUCAGAUAUUCCAACCAAGUGCAGGAGCUGGGUAUUUUGUACCCUCCAUGCCCCAUGCUGCUAGGGGGUACUUCACACAAGCUCAGAUGCCACAAGUUCAAGCUAGUCCCAGAUGGCAGACUCCAUUUAGACAACCUCAAGCCCAACCUGGUGAGUUUUCUCCAAAGUUUGUUUUUAUCAUCAGGCUCAGGAAAUCAACUAACUUCCAAUCUGCAGUACCUGGCAACCAAAUCAGACAACCAACUCGAUUCACAGGUGGAUCUCAACCUGUCCGAGCCAACGUCAACGCUCGUCCCAUCACAGGACAGGCUGGUUCAGCUCAGGCGAUGAAUCAGAGAAUGCCAGGAAUGGCAUCAGUUGUGAUACCUGGACAAGACCCUCUGACUGCCUCCAUGUUGGCUGCUGCUCCACCACAAGAGCAGAAACAGAUGUUAGGAGAGAGGUUGUUCCCCUUGAUUAACAGAAUGCACCAGGAUUUGGCUGGUAAGAUUACUGGAAUGUUGCUGGAGAUUGAUAAUUCUGAGUUGUUGCACAUGUUGGAAUCGCAGGAGUCCCUCAAGGGCAAGGUGGAAGAAGCUGUUGCCGUACUUCAAGCUCACCAAGCCAAGGAAGCCACCACCAAAAGAGAGUAA